GAAGGAGCACGGGUUGAGAGCAGCGCAACAAGUUGGAUAAUUGUAUCUGUGCUUUUGAGUGGUGUUCUACCACGAACGAUCGAUCGAGCGUUUGCUUUUAAACAAUUCCCGCUGGAUUGUUCUCAGAUUAUUUCUGGAUUUUCCGGAGUACACUAAUGACAGCAUCGAUUAUUGUGAAAUGACGGUCCCGUGUUACGGUUAAAGAUUGGGGAUGAUGACGGAACAAUUGGAUCAGAGUGAUGACGUGGGCCUUCUGACCACCCCUGAGAUCAGUGAAGCCCAAAAAGAUGAUGACUCUCCAUGUCCCCCACACUUCAGACAAGGCAUCAUGCUGCAGCUGAUAGAUGAUUUGUCUUAUGAAGAUGUGAAGAAAUGUUACCGGGGCUCAACGGUUAGCAAGUAUAAUUCUCAAUAUCACAAACUUUUCCAGAAUGUUCCCAAGGAGGAAAUCCUCAUGAAAGUGUACUCCUGUGCUCUCCUGAGGGAUAUACUGCUGCAGGGAAGACUCUACAUCUCUCGCAACUGGCUAUGCUUCUACGCCAACCUGUUUGGCAAGGACAUCAAGGUAGUCAUCCCAGUAGUUUCAGUUCGUCUUGUGAAGAAGCACAAAACAGCUGGCCUAGUCCCUAACGGGCUUGCCAUCACUACAGACACCAGUCAGAAGUAUGUUUUUGUCUCACUCCUGUCACGGGACAGUGUCUAUGAUGUCCUCAGGAGGAUCUGCACCCAUCUGCAGGUGAAUGGUAAGAUCCUCAGCCUGAAGCAGUAUCUGGAGGAACCUGGCUCACUGUCCACCGAUGAGUUCCCAGUGGCCAAUGAUUACCCUCCAGUGUUAAAAUGGCGCAGGAAGCCGUCCACCCCUUCAGUGUCCUCGUCUCUGCCUGAUCUGCUGGGCAACUCCAGCAGCAGCCUGAGUACCGGUGAUGUUCCAUUUAGCAGUAAGGUCCCACUGCAGGAGAGACGUCUAGAGGCUGAAAAGAUUCUGCUGACUGAACCAGUAGCAGAACUGGGCCACUUGGAAUACCAGCUUCUCAAGUUCUUCAUCCUUCUUAUUAUACUUCUUAUUAUGUCGUCGUGUUACCUGGCCUUUCGCGUGUGCAGUCUGGAGCAACAGUUGUCCUUCCUUAACACACAACCUACCUUACCUAUGAGGUAGCAAAGGUUGAAAAACUGCUUCUAUUGUCCAUUGUAACCAUUCACAAGUGUGAUGGAUUACCCAGCUUUGUAGUCUUUGUAGUCUCUGCUGAUCUGCUGUAGGAGCUGUAAUGAUGUAACGUGCUGCCCCGCAGGCCAGUAGAGGGUGCCAGAUCCCUGCAAGGCCUGCAGAAAAGGCCAUAAAUGAAGAUUCUUCAUGCCUAUCAACCACUUACAAUAUGUCUUCAGUAUUCAAUCUUUAUGAGGACCAGUCUGAUAGUGGUGCUUGCACUUUUUGAUGUCAUAUCAGACAAGAAAGAGAAUGGAACAAGAGGAUGCUGUCAUUUCUUUCGAUCAGGCCAAUCAUUUCUGAAGACACUUUGAAAUGUGGUUAUGGUGCCAUUGCAUGUUUAGUGGAUGGGAGAAGUUACACAAAUCUUUGUUUGUGGAAACUGUAUAAGAAAGGAUUACAUUUAAGACAAGAUUAUCUGCCAUUUCUGCCAUUCAUUUCAAAUGGAACAAUGUACUUGGCCCAGCCAUAGUAGUGCCACACUGGUGCUGUUUCACAAGCCCACAGAGGUUAGUGAGAUUGCUGAAACAGAUGCAGAGUCCAUGUACCGUCAUUGAUGUUUGUGUUGGACAAAGAAUGUCUCUGUGAUUGAGACUAUUUAGUUACAGCCAGCUUGAAAUGAGCUUUGCAGGCCACAGUACCCGACAGAGCUUUGGCAUGGUACAAUUGCAAAGACACAAAGCGAGAGGUGUCUGCUUAAAUAACAGCAGCCAAGCAAUUGAUUACAUUAACAGCAAGUGAUGUUUGCCUAUCAUUACACUGACAGCAAGAGGUGUUUGCCUAUCAUUGGCCCUGUUUCCUAACUGUUUUCAGUGCAGCUCUGUAGCCUUUCCCGCAUAAUUCAGAAGUGCAGAUCAACUAUGUCUCACCAGUAACAGCUCAGGAUGAACAUAUAGCUGGGAGUGUGGGUUUUUGUAAUAGAAACACACUUGCCUUUGUAUGAUAGAGGUAUUGCAUUUAAUGUGAUCCUGCAUGUUUCUUCAGUUUCCUUAAUAUAAUAUUCUGGGCCAAAAAGGGGUAAGCUAGUGUUAAACUGUUUAAGUUUAUUACAGUAAUAUAAGCUUGCUUACUACCUAACAGAGUGAAGAAACAAAGUUAUGUCAUGUAUAGAGUAGUUGGUUACAUAAAAGCAGACUUGUGUAUAUAGCAAAUUAAAUGUCAUAUUUUUAAAAUAUGGGGCAUUUUAUUUCACCUUUGACAACCGUUUUUUUUAACUAUUUGACUGAGAAAUUGCAUUGUGAUGUCUACAGGACAUAAUGUGCUACUGAAGACUACGUUUCUGUUGCUAUCAUGCCUGGGCCCUUAAAAGGGCUGUGUAAUGGGACUUCUGUGAAGCUACUGAAGGAUAGGGACAGUCUAUAAGAUGGUGACAGGGAGCAGACUGAAAGGAGCCAAUUAAAAAUGGUAACAAAGUAGGGCCAUUGUAUGAUUAUAUGCCUGUUAACUGUGUGUCUUAUGUACUAAAUAUCAAUGUAGGAAAAGGUUACAAGUAGUCGUGUACUUAUAUUUCGAGCAUGGCAAACUGCUAGAAAUGUAGAAGUUAUGACCUGAUUGUCAGUUAGUGUACUGGAGAGGGAGGUGCAGUAUGCUUUCAGGUACAGAUUCACUAGAUUUUGUAGUAUUUUGCACAGCAAGAGAAGAAUUUUGUCUCAAGGCGAAUAUAUGUUCAUAGUGUACAGCCUAGGUUUUUUAAAGAAGUAAAAUUAAAUGACUAAUAAACUGCUUUUACAAGUACUUUUGCUGUUUAUUACAUUCUAACCAUUACUAGAAUACAGUUGCAAUGAUGACACUAAAUGACCUAAAUGACAUUUCAGUUCUUAUUAUAAUUAAUUAGAAUUAAUA